UGGCAUAUGCUGGUUAUUUCAUUCUGAAACCUGGGUUUAUGUGACCUUAAGUGUCAAUGAUUUAUGAACAAGAAGCACAGAUACUGACUUUAAGUGAAGGGAAGAGAAGUUGCUGCUGCAAAGACAGGCUCAUGCGAAUAUGCCGUCGCCCGUUAAAGUUAUUGUGAUUGGAGCUGGGAGCCGUGGUGAGACGUACUCUCACUUUGCCUCCAUCCACCCCAAUCGCCUGCAAAUAGUUGGAAUUGCUGACCCAAGACUUUUUGCACGAAAGAAGCUCCAGGAGUGUCACAACGUGCCUGAAGAAAAUGUAUUUGACGACUGGCAUUGUGUAACAGAAAGGGAGAAGUUUGCGGAUGCAGUAUUCAUCUGCACUCCUGAUCGCCUUCAUAAGGAACCUGCAGUAGUUUUGGCGAGAAAGGGUUAUCAUAUACUCUUGGAGAAGCCAAUGGCAGUGACUCUAGAGGACUGCACAGAGAUUGCUGAGACUUGCGUUCAGUGUGGUGUAAUGCUAACAGUGUGCCAUGUUCUCCAAUACGACCCAUUCAUCAGAAAAAUAAAAGUGCUGAUUGACAGUGGAGCCAUUGGGGAUGUCAUUCAUAUUCAACACUUAGAACCAGUGGGCUUUUACCACUUUGCUCACUCCUUUGUGAGAGGAAAUUGGAGAAAUGAGGCAGAGAGCUCUUUUGCUCUUCUAGCCAAAUCCUGCCAUGACCUGGACCUGAUUCAUCACUGGGCUGGAGGACGCAGGUGCAUAAAAGUUUCAUCAUUUGGAUCCCUCAGCCAUUUCCGAAAAGAAAACAAGCCACCAGGAGCAGCAAAUCGUUGCUUAGAUUGUUCUGUAGAAAAAGACUGUCCUUAUUCUGCAAAGAAAAUCUACCUGGACAGAGUGAGAAAGGGAUGGGUAAGCUGGCCAGUGUCAGUUGUGUGCAGGAAUUCAGUUCCUGAUAUUGAGUCAGUAACUGAGGCCUUGAAAACAGGUCCAUACGGUCGCUGUGUCUAUGAGUGUGACAACGAUGUCUGCUCAAAUCAGGUUGUUAAUAUGGAAUUUGAAGGAGGCCUCACUGCUUCUUUUAGCAUGGUGGCAUUUACGGAACACAUAUGUCAGCGCAAAACAAGCAUCUAUGGCAGUAAGGGGGAGCUGACCUACAACGGACAUGAGAUCAAAGUAUUCGACUUUCUUACUCAGACAUCCACAAAGCACACGGUAGCUAUGAACAUACCAGGGAACUUCGGCAAUGGUGGUCAUGGUGCUGCAGAUUAUCAUCUUGUUGACGCUUUCGUUUCAGCUGUAGCGAGCGGAAACCCAAUGCUGGUCCAUUCCGGUCCAAAGGAAACACUGGCGAGUCACAGGCUGGUGUUUGAAGCUGAGCGUUCUCGUCUAGAGAACCGAGUUGUGAUGUGUGUGACUGAUCAUGACUAGAUGACGAUGGACAAAACUCCUUUUCUUUUUUUUAAUGAAGACAUAAAUGCAGGAUAUGCACAUUAAUAGUAAGUUGCUUAGCAGAAAAGCAUUCAAGCCAUACACGACUGUCUGGAUGUGAGGGAUGGCAUGCUCUCUCACCCUGUCAAUCCCAGUGAAUCAAUCAAGUGUCUGUAAACUCGAAUGAACAAUCAAGUGUCUGUGAACUCUUGGUGUGCAAAAGAAGGCAGAUAGCGCUUUCCUUCGAGUGUCUUACUCUGCCUUGUGGUACAGAAUGAGCAGCAGUUUGAAAAGAUGCAGUGGCUGGCUUCAUGUGUCACAAAGGAAGCACAUGUUAGGGCCAGAAUAUACUUGACGUUCAGAACGCUUCCGCGUUCCCAGUGCUCUUUUGACACGUGUUCUGAGCAUGUCAUUAGAAAUGAACGUGAUGCGUGCCUGAGUUGCAAUACCAGCAAAAAUUGGGGUGGCAGUGUGUUCAUGUUUUGGUGUGCGACAUUAGCAUCGUUGUUUAUUAGUCUGAAGUUAUCAACAUGGCUGAAUUCUUUGAGGAAGAGAAAUGUUUAUCUUUAAUUUUUAAUAAUUCUUUUACAUUUUUUAAUAUUAAAAUAUUUUUAAAUUUAACAUCUUUCUUCCUUCAACUCACAGCACCGUGAAACCAGAUGUUGUUUUCUCACCAUGAUGAUUUCUAGCACUGCCACCUGCUGGAAUCCUCCAGAUUUACAUAAAAUACACGCGCGAGUAUAGUCAGUAUAGCGUCCGCAAGCGUACAAGUCACGUAGUGUCAGGUAUAUCCCGGCCCUUAGCCUUCAUGCUAACGGAUUGAUAUCUAUCAUAUGCUGGGUAAAAGCUGACUGGUGAGAGGGAAUUGCCAAAACCAAAUUCGAGAGAAAAUGAGGGAAAACAAAUUUUAGUAAAAUCUAUUUGCUAGCAUCAAGUGAAAAUUGUACUGAUUUUUUUUAAAUCCUGAUUUUGUGUAUUGUGGAUUUCUUUUAAUAUAUACUUUCUUUUUAUUAAAUUUUCAGUUCUUUUUCCAACUAUAAAAUACAACAAGGAAACAAAGAACAAAGAAAGAACAAAAAUAGACAGAAUAGUAAUGAGCAGGUAGGUUGACAGGGCUGACAUAGUCCAUACAUUGAUGUAAAAUGGAGUGAUUAUUCACACAGACAAUGAGUUACAUUUUAAAGAAUAUGAAGUCCACCUUUCCCAGUACUUUGUGUAAAGUUCAGUCCAUAAUCUUAAGGCGAAAGCCAGUUUUUCCAUGCAUUGUAUUUCAUCUACAAUAGUAAUCCAGUCAUUCCUCGAUGGCAAAUUUGACUGCAGCCAUUUCCUUGUAAUGGCCUUCUUGCUUGCAGCCAAGAGCACUUUAUAAAGUUUGUCCUGGGCCCUGAGUCCAACUGAGAAUUUACCCAA